AUGGGCAUUGGGUGCUUAGCUCUUUCUUUCUGUCUUAUCUCAGGUGUGCUUCAAAUUUUGGAAGUGAUUCUCAACGCUCUGGUUCUCAUUUGUGUAGCCUCCUCCUAUUUCGUGCUUUCGGGGUUCAGUGCUGGAAUAACAAGUGGUGGUGGUGGUUUUGGGAACAGCUAUCCUUUUGAAGGCCAGGAACUGCAAGAAGUACGCCAGCUGGACCAGCAAUUUACAAUGCUCCGGGCACCCCUACUUUAUGGGGGCCUGGCCCUCUCUCUGCUUUUAGGUUCUCUCACAAUAGGAGUCCUGGCUGCAGGAGCAAAACAUCUGCUGAAUUUAUCUGUAUCAUGGCUGCUUACGGAGGCCAUAUUUAGCAUACUGGCAUCUUUGAGCUAUGGAGCAGGAGUGGGGGUUUUUCUACACUUUGCUCUCAAGUUUAAUGACACAGAUAUAUGUAAGAGGCGAGAGAGGAUAUAUAGGAGGAAUGGCCUGACUUGGAUGAACUGUGACCUUGCAGGAACAGAUGGAGGAGCUGCCACUUUUGGCAUCUUGUUGAUUAUAUUAUAUGGAGUUAGUGUAGUUCUAGCAGCUCGUGCAUAUAGAAAUAAGAAAUUAAUGGAAGGCUGAGCUGACUUAGAAGAAAAUUGGAACAAAAAACAUUUGUUUCAUGUCUCUUCUAUUAUCAGAUGUGCUUAAAGGGAUAUAUUGUUGCUCAAAAAAAGAGCAAUAAGCAGUGUGUUAUAGAAAUCAUCGCAAUAUGUAUUAUACAUAAUUUUAUAAGGAUUGUAACUUUUUUUAAAACUUAAUUUGUGCAGAGUCCAUUAAUUCAAAGGCAAAUGAGUAGCUUUUCCUUUGAUUCACCUGCCCUAGCACCAGUCAGUUUCUUGCACGUUUAGAGGAACUUUGCUGCAAAAAUCAUGUGGCAGUAGAACGUAAGUUCUGUAACAACAAACAUUCAAAAGAACAGUAAACACCAAAAUUGUUAUUGUUUACAAAGAUAGAUAACAUCUUUACUACCCAUUCCCCAGCUUUGCACAACCAACAUUGUUAUAUCAAUAUACUUAACAUUUAAACCUCUAAAUUUCUGCCUGUUUCUAAGCCACUGCAGACGGCCUCUUAUCACAUGCUUUUUUAUUUGCUUUUCACAACAGGAGACUGCUAGUUCAUGUGGGCCAUAUAGAUAACAUUGUGCUCAUGCCCGUGGGUUGUUGAUGACACUGCACUAAUUGGUUAAAAUGCAAGUCAAUAGAUAAUAGCCAUGUGAUCAGUGGGGCUGUCAAAAGAAUCUUAGAUACAAGGUAAUCACAGAGGAUAAAAGUUGGUUAUGCAAACUUGGGGAAUGGGUAAUAAAGGGAUUUUCUAUAUUUUUAAACAAUAAAAAUAUUGAAGUUGACUGUCUCUUUAAUAUUAACUAAUGUUAGCUUAAUGCUGGGUGGUCAGUAAAAUUAGCCAGGUAAUGCACCCAAUAAAAACACCCUGGGGAGAACAGUGUGUAAUAUCUGCUCCCUUAUCUGCCUCCCUAAAGGAGCACUGCUUCAUAUCCCUUUAAUUCUCUUCGUACUCUUUGUUAAAGGAGUAGCAAUGCACUGCUGGGAGAUAGCUGAACACAUUGACUGAGCCAGUGACAAGAGACAGACACCAAUCUUUUAAGCUUAUCAAGAUAUGCUUUUCAACAAGGCAUGCAAAGCGUGCAAGCAAAGCUGAUAAUAGAAGUACAUUGGAACGUUCUUUAAAAUUGUAUGCUCUAUCUGAAUCAAGAAAGUUUAAAGGGAUAUUAAACACAAAUUGUAAACUA